CGUCCGGGUCUUCCCCGGGUUCCAGCAUUUGUGGGGCCUGGUCAUGGCUGCCUCAGGGCUUGCGCCCCGAGCUGGCGUUAGGCCUAGGUUAGAUCUGAAAUUUCUCCAUCGGUUCCUGCAGAUACAGAAGGUUUUAUUUCCCUCGUGGUCAUCACAGAAUGCUUUGAUGUUCCUGACCCUUCUGUGUGUGACCCUACUGGAGCAACUGGUGAUCUACCAGGUUGGCUUGAUCCCCAGUCAGUACUACGGGGUCCUAGGAAACAAAGACUUGGAUGGGUUUAAGACUCUGACGUUCCUGGCUGUCCUGCUCAUUGUGCUGAACUCCACGCUGAAGAGCUUUGACCAGUUCACCUGUAACCUGCUGUAUGUGAACUGGAGGAAGGACCUCACCGAGCACCUCCACCACCUCUACUUCCGGGGCCGUGUGUACUACACCCUCAACGUGCUGCGGGAUGACAUCGAUAACCCGGACCAGCGCAUCAGCCAGGACGUGGAGCGCUUCUGCCGGCAGCUCAGCAACAUGGCCAGUCAGCUGAUCAUCUCUCCCUUCACCCUUAUCUACUACACCUAUCAGUGCUUCCAAAGCACAGGCUGGCUCGGGCCCGUCAGCAUCUUCGGGUACUUCGUCCUGGGAACCCUGGUGAACAAGGCUCUGAUGGGGCCCAUCGUGGCGACGCUGGUGCAGCAGGAGAAGCUAGAGGGGGAUUUUAGGUUCAAGCACGUGCAGAUCCGGGUGAACGCUGAGCCUGCAGCUUUCUACAGAGCUGGGCAUGUGGAGCAUAUGCGAACAGACCGCAGACUGCAAAGACUCCUCCAGACCCAGAGGGAGCUGAUGUCCAAGGAGCUCUGGCUGUACAUCGGUAUCAACACCUUCGACUAUCUGGGCAGCAUCUUGAGCUAUGUUGUCAUCGCAAUCCCCAUCUUCAGUGGGGUCUAUGGAGACCUGGGUCCUGCAGAGCUCAGCACCCUGGUCAGCAAGAAUGCCUUCGUGUGCAUCUACCUCAUCAACUGCUUCACCCGUCUCAUCGACCUCUCUACCACACUCUCGGAUGUGGCUGGCUAUGCACACAGGAUUGGGGAGCUUCGGGAGACCCUGCUGGACAUGUCCCUGAAGUCACAGGACUGCGAGAUCCUGGGCGAGAGCGAGUGGGUUUUGGACGGGGCCCCGGGGUGGCCAGCAGCAGCGCCAGCAGACACAGCCUUUCUCCUGGAGCGGGUCUCUGUCUCCGCCCCCUCCUCUGACAAGCCCCUGAUCAAGGAUCUGAGCCUGAAGGUCUGUGAUGGGCAGAGCCUGCUCAUCACUGGCAACACGGGCACUGGCAAGACCUCGCUGCUCCGGGUCCUGGGCGGCCUCUGGGCAAGCACCCAGGGCUCCUUGCAGAUGCUGACGGACUUUGGGCCCCACGGGGUGCUGUUCCUGCCACAAAAGCCGUUCUUCACUGACGGGACCCUUCGGGAGCAGGUGAUAUAUCCCCUGAAGGAGAUCUACCCGGACUCAGGUGCCACUGACGAUGAGAGGAUCAUGGGGUUCUUGGAACUGGCAGGCCUGUCCAGCUUGGUGGCAAGGACAGAGGGUCUGGAUCAGCAGGUCGACUGGAACUGGUAUGAUGUUCUGUCCCCAGGGGAGAUGCAGCGGCUCUCCUUUGCCCGGCUCUUCUACCUGCAGCCGAAGUAUGCAGUGCUCGACGAAGCCACCAGUGCCCUGACGGAGGAGGUGGAGAGCGAGCUCUACCGCGUCGGCCAGCAGCUGGGGAUGACGUUCAUCAGUGUGGGACAUCGGCGCAGCCUUGAGAAGGUACCUGUGCUCACAGAUGGCCUGAGGAGGAGCAAGAACCCAAAGGCUGCGGGCAGGGAGAGCCAGAUGACCUCCGGGCUUGGCCAGGGCAGCCUGACCAUGUGGCCGUUGUCUCUUGCAGUUUCAUUCCUUGGUUCUGAGACUCUGUGGAGGAGGAAGAUGGGAGCUGACCAGAAUCAAAGAGGAGUGAAGCCACGAGUGCGAAUGGCCACCGGGAGGAGAGCCACACGAGGGCAGGCCACAGUCCCCAGGAGAGACGAGAGGACUGACGGAAGGAGGAGCUGGGCUCACCUCACACGCCUGGGAGGAGCCCUGACAGAGGCCAGCUCAGCCCAGGGCUGUGCCUCAGCGGGGGACACCAAGUCUUACCACUGUUCCUGCUGCCUUCGCCAGAGCCCAAGCUCGAAGUGCCUGUUACCUACGGAUGGCUUCAGAUCGUAUUUGCCAAGGGGAAAUCUGAGAGUUGGGAUCUACAAGAAAUGAGGGGUCAGGGUGGAGAGAGUACUGGACUUGGAGUCAAGAUGUCCAGAGAUCUUUCACCCUUAAAUCAGUUAAAUUUCAAAUAAUAGAUUUUUAACUUUAAUUCAUUAACCACUUAACUUUUUAAACUUUUUUAAAAAGAA